CUCCUCCUCCUCCUCCACUUCGUCGUCUUCGGAAACGGGAUGUGAUGUAAAUACUCCUCUGUCUCUGGAGUGUGCAAAGCUUCUUCUUAAACACUCUGCUGGAGGAAAAGGAGCCGAAGAAGAGGGAAAAGACGAUAAAUGAGGAGAGGCAGCGGAUGAUUUUGGAGGUAAAGACACCGUUACUUUUCUCCAGCAUGAAUCUGUGAGCUCCUCCGUUCGUCCGCCACCACAGAGCUCCGAGCAGCCCGACAGAAGAGCGACAAACACGGAGGAGAGAGGAGAAAGAGGAGCUAUCUGCUGCUGCUGUUGUGGAUCAGGAGGGAGCGCGCGGACAGAGAUGUAGCGUGUGUUGGUGAGAUUGUGGGACCAUCAUGCACCUCUUCCUGCUGCUGAUCCUUCAAGCCACAGCAGCCUUUGGACAGAUCGACCCCGCACACUGUCGCUAUGCCUUGGGCAUGGAGGAUGGACGGAUCAAAGAUGAAGACAUCACUGCUUCCAGCCAAUGGUACGAGACCACAGGACCACAAUAUGCCAGGCUGAAUCGUGAAGAAGGAGAUGGCGCCUGGUGUCCUGAGGGACAACUGGAGCCAUCGGACAGUCAGUAUCUGCAGGUGGACCUGGGCAGGUUGACUUUUCUUACCGUGGUUGGGACUCAGGGACGAUACGCCAGGAGCUCUGGGAAUGAGUUUGCUCGAGCGUACCGCCUCAACUACAGCAGGGACGGCCUGCUGUGGAAGUCCUGGAAGAAUCGGCUGGGAAACACGGUGAUGCAAGCCAACAAAGACGCCUACACCUCCGUCAUCAACGACCUCCAUCCUCCAGUCAUCACCCGCUACGUGCGGCUGAUUCCGGUCACACUGCUGUCGACCACUGUGUGCAUGCGAGUGGAGCUGUACGGCUGUCCGUGGGAGGAUGGUCUGAUCUCAUACAGCACUCCUGAGGGUCAGCUCAUGAUGCCGCCAGGUUACCCCAUCGCCAGCCUCAACGACUCCACCUACGAUGGUGUUCAUGAAAGGAGGAAGCUGUUUGGCGGGAUGGGUCAGCUGACGGACGGUGUGGUUGGUUUAGACGAUUUCCUGCUGACUCGUCAGUACCACGUGUGGCCGGGCUAUGACUACCUGGGCUGGAGGAACGACUCGCUGGGAACUCAGGGAUUUGUGGAGAUGGAGUUUGUGUUCGACAGGCAGAGGAACUUCACCUCCAUGAAGGUUCACAGUAACAACAUGUUCUCCCGCGGUGUGAAGAUCUUUGCCUCCGUUUCCUGUUGGUUUAAGCCCCGCCUCAUUGCUGGCUGGGAGACGGAGCCAGAAUCCUUUAAAACAGUGUUGGACGAUAGAAACCCAAGUGCCCGCUACGUCACCGUCCCACUGAACCGCCGCACGGCCAAAUCCCUCCGCUGCCGCUUUUACUUCGCUGACGUCUGGAUGAUGUUCAGUGAAAUCUCCUUUCAGUCGGAGGACACUAUACUCCCCACACAGCCAAGCCUAGUGGUGACCUCUUCAGCACCGAAUAAGGACAGCACCAUGCCAACCACGCCAAAGACCGUUAAUCCCUCCGCCAGUGGUCCUCCAGAUGACGGCAACACACCCAUUCUGAUUGGCUGCCUGGUGACCAUCAUCCUGCUGCUGGUCAUCAUCAUCUUCCUCAUCCUGUGGUGUCAGUAUGUCUGCAAGGUGCUGGAGAAGGCUCCACGGCGGAUCCUUGACGAGGAGGUGACAGUCAGACUGUCAUCCUGCAGCGACACUAUCAUCCUCCAGACGCCCCCUGUGCCUCCCCGCUCAGGUCAUGCAUCGACAGGCCCUCCAAACACUGACCCUCACUAUGAGAGAGUUUUCCUGUUGGACCCUCAGUACCAGAACCCGGCAGUGCUGAGAAACAAGCUACCCGAGCUGUCGCAGAGUGCAGAGGCCUCAGCGUGUGGAGGAGGUUAUGCUGAACCCGACAUCACCCAGUGCACCCCCCACCAGUGUUUCCAUAGCAAUGCACCGCACUAUGCUGAGACGGACAUCGUACGUCUGCAGGGCGUCACAGGAAGCAACAUGUACGCCGUCCCUGCCCUCACCGUGGACUCCCUCACCAGGAAGGACAUCUCAGCAGCCGAGUUCCCACGGCAACAGCUGAUCUUCAGGGAGAAACUGGGGGAAGGGCAGUUUGGAGAGGUCCAUCUUUGUGAGGCCGAAGGACUCCCAGAAUUCCUUGGGGAGGGGUCUCCUCUCCCGGACAGGGAUGGUCUCUCAGUGUUGGUGGCUGUUAAACAGCUGAGAGCUGACGCUACGAGCCAAGCCAGGAACGACUUCCUGAAGGAAAUAAAGAUCAUGUCUCGUCUAAACGACCCGAACAUCAUCAGACUGCUGUGUGUUUGUGUGUCGUCUGACCCACUGUGCAUGGUGACUGAGUACAUGGAGAACGGCGACCUCAACAUGUUUCUGUCACAGCGGGAGAUUGAGAGCACACUUACGCAUGCCAACAACAUCCCUUCAGUCAGUCUCUCCGACCUCCUCCACAUGUCAGUGCAGAUUGCGUCGGGGAUGAAGUAUCUGGCAUCUCUGAAUUUUGUGCACCGCGACCUGGCGACCAGGAACUGCCUGCUGGACCGCCGUCUCACCAUCAAGAUUGCAGACUUCGGAAUGAGCCGGAAUCUGUACAGCAGCGACUACUAUCGCAUCCAGGGACGGGCGGUGCUGCCGAUAAGAUGGAUGGCCUGGGAGAGCAUCUUGCUGGGUAAGUUCACCACUGCCAGUGACGUGUGGGCUUUUGGUGUCACCCUGUGGGAGAUCUUUACACUGUGUAAGGAGCAGCCCUACAGCCUGCUGUCUGACGAACAGGUCAUAGAGAACACUGGCGAGUUCUUCAGGAACCAGGGCAGACAGAUCUUUCUUUAUGGCCCUCCACUCUGCCCUCCUUCGCUCUUUGAGCUGAUGAUGCGCUGUUGGAGCCGCGACAUCCCCGACCGACCCACCUUUGAGGGACUCUACCAGGCCCUGAGGCCUCACGUCAACCAAUGAGCUGAGGCUGUGAGGAUGCACCUCUGAGGGUCUCACCCGUGGUGGGUUUGUUCAUCUCUGGACUCCUGAAACGCGACAGACUGACACAAGAGGACAGAGGACUGGAUCCACGCUACGAAAGAGUGGCUGAUACGAGGAAUGAGAUAACUGUGGUCUGAUGGAUGGUUUAAAUUGUGGUAACAACAGCGCUCUGUUCUGCAAGACCAGCAGCAGGAGAGGAGACGACUGGACAAUUUAACAGAGAAACUUUCUGUGACUCAAAUUUAAACUUUUUUUCUGUGGAUAGUGAACAAAGAUUUUUAAGCUUUAAAGAUUUCUAUCAUUCUCUCUUUUUAAGGGCCUCUUGACCAAAACAUCUUGUUGGACCUUUUCACUAAACCUUUUUCUGUCGUAAAAUUCAUUUUUUCUUCUCUUUGGCUCUUAAAGAAGCCAAAAACUGGACAGACUCUUCUUCCUGGUAGUUUCUCCUUUCCCUGUGGUUUUUAUUCUCAUUGUAAAGCACUGUCUGUGUCUCCUAGUUAUUCAUGUUCUUAUAUUAACCCACACUGGAGCUAGGGCUAGGGUCAAAGUGUAGAGUAGUUUUAUUUUUAGAUUUUAAUUCUAUUUUAUUGUUCUGGUUUUUACAGUAUUUCUUUUGUUGGUCUCUGAUGUUGAUAUGAAUGUUGUUCAGCUGAGGAUCUCGUUGAGAAGGCUGCGUUUAAACCUGUGUGGUUCACAGACUAAAAGUCAGUCUGAUGAUUGUGGGUGACUAUUCAAAUCUUGAUAUUGAUACGAGGAAGAAAAAUGAUGUGCCUUUUUUGUUGCCAAAGAGAAAUAAAGUAUGUAAGUAAUAAAAGAUCUACAUUACA